GGGGGCUUCAGGAGGAGGAAGGGGAGGGGGCGUGUCGGCGCUGGGGUGUGUGUGUGGGAGGUUGUGUCUGUAGAUUGUGAGAGGAAAUUGUGUGUGUGUGUGUGUGUGUGUGUGUGUGUGUUGGGGUGGGGGUGGUGUCCAUCAGUCACCACUCAUUCAGCGCUGAAGCGGGCCGGAGCCCCUGGGGAGGCGGGCGGGGGGCGAGGCGUUCUUGGGCCCAGGGAGGGAGCGGGUCGAAGGUCCUGCAGCUGCGGACAAGUGGAGGCCUCCAGAGGAGAAUCGGGGCGGGGUGUCUGGGGCCCCACUCCGGCCGAGGUCCCCCGUGUUCUUCGCCCCCAGCCUCGCGUCCGUGACGGCAGCGCGGGGGGCGUUCGUUCCGGCCUCUGCGCCGUGGCCCCGCCGAGCUUGUCCGGGGCCUGAGGGUCUCUUCCAAGCGGGCCGGGACCCCCGAGGUCGCGUCGUCUGUGGGUACAUUGUAGGGGUCUCGUGGGUCCCGGGGCGACCGUGCAGUGGGAAGCUUCGGGCCAGUGACCCGAGAGGUCUCUCUGACCUGUACCCAACUGACGUGAUCGUCAAACCCGGGCGUGCGGAUGAUCCGGGAGGGCAGCACGAGCCCUGGAGGGUGAGUCUUUUUAUUGCUGACAAGAAACCACUCAUCUAGGGAAUAAUGCUCUUCCCCACCAUCUGCUUUUUUAAGCUAAUGUCUGCUGAGAUUCUGUGCUGGCUUCUUGACAUGCAGUUAAGUGUCAUCUAGAAGUGGUACCACUAUCAUGGCAUCUCUUGAUGAUCCUGGGGAAGUGAGGGAAGGCUUUCUUUGCCCUCUGUGCUUAAAGGAUCUACAGUCUUUUUAUCAGCUUCAGUCACAUUAUGAAGAAGAACAUUCCAGUGAGGACAGAGAUGUCAAAGGACAGAUAAAAAGUCUUGUCCAGAAGGCUAAGAAAGCAAAGAAUAAGUUGUUGAAAAGAGAAGAUGAUCGGUCAGAGCCUGGGACACAAGGAUAUGAAUCUUUCAGCUAUGGAGGGGUAGAUCCAUACAUGUGGGAACCACAGGAACUUGGUGCUGUGAGAAGUCAUCUUUCUGACUUCAAAAAACACCGAGCUGCCAGGAUUGACCACUAUGUUGUCGAAGUCAAUAAAUUAAUAAUCAGGUUGGAAAAGCUUACAGCCUUUGACAGAACAAAUACUGAGUCUGCUAAAGUAAGAGCGAUAGAAAAGUCGGUUGUGCCAUGGGUCAACGAUCAGGAUGUUCCUUUCUGCCCUGACUGUGGGAACAAGUUCAGCAUCCGUAACCGCCGUCACCAUUGCCGCCUUUGUGGAUCAAUUAUGUGCAAGAAGUGUAUGGAGCUGAUCAGCCUUCCCUUGGCAAGCAAGCUCACCAGUGCCAGCAAAGAGGCCUCCAUGACCUCCCAUACCAGUCCCAACCAGUCACCUAAUAGCAUCCAUGGUUCUCGAAGGGGCAGCAUCAGUAGCGUGAGCAGUGUUAGCUCUGUACUGGAUGAGAAGGACGAUGAGCGGAUCCGCUGCUGUGGACAUUGUAAAGAUGCCUUGCUUAAGAGAGAGCAGCAGAUUGAUGAGAAGGAACACACUCCUGACAUUGUGAAGCUUUAUGAGAAACUACGAAUUUGUAUGGAGAAAGUUGACCAGAAAGCUCCCGAGUACAUUAAAAUGGCAGCAUCACUGAAUGCCGGGGAGACAACCUACAGUCUGGAACAUGCUAAUGACCUCCGAGUAGAAGUGCAGAAAGUGUAUGAAUUAAUAGAUGCUUUAAGUAAGAAGAUUUUAACACUAGGCUUGAACCAGGAGCCUCAGCCACAUCCCAGAGCUUUGCAGCUCCAGAGAAUGAUAAGAUAUUCAGCUACGCUUUUUGUACAGGAAAAGUUACUUGGUUUGAUGUCACUGCCAACCAAAGAACAGUAUGAAGAACUGAAAAAGAAAAGGAAGCAGGAAAUCGAAAGGAAACUGAUCAUGGAAAGACAGGCUGCCCUAGAAUUACAGCGAAGGUCAGAAGAGAGGCAGAAAGAAUUGGUUUCUCGAGGCGCAGUAAAUGGAGAAGAGACUUUUGUCCGGAGGGGUGCUGUGAGGAAAGCUGAGGGCUGGCUCCCCAUGUCCAGUGGGCCAGGCCAGAGUGAGGAGUCAGACCCGCUCCUGCAGCAGAUCCACAACAUCACAUCUUUCAUUAAGCAGGCCAAGGCAGCUAGCCGGGUUGAUGAAGUACGCAUGCUUCAGGAGAACCUGCGCCAGCUCCAGGAUGAAUAUGACCAGCAGCAGACAGAGAAGGCCAUUGAACUGUCUCGAAGGCAGGCAGAAGAGGAAGAUCUGCAGAGAGAGCAGCUGCAGGUUCUUCGGGAGAAAGAGUGGGAGAGGGAGCAGUCCCAGGUAAUCUCUCAGCACUCACGGACUCGUUCUUUAGACUUCAAAGACAAGCUCUUUCAGCAGGAAUCUGGAAUGGAACCUCAGAACCAGAUAGCACAUGUUUUGGACCUGGGUCCCUCUUUGGUCCGAAGUAAUGCAACUCUUAAGAGCCCUUCUCCCAACUCAGGCCAGGAGCCAAAUAAAGAGAAACCUGUGUUUUCUAUGCUAGGUCAGGAGACAGUGCAGCAGAACACUGGGGUGCAUCAAAAUGAGUCAGCUUCCUUGAACCCCUUUGAAGAGGAAGACCUCUCUAGUCCUGGAGAUGAAGGCUUCGCUAACCCAUUUGCUGAAGAUGUUUCUCGUGGAGGUCCCUCACCUCAUUCAGCUGUCCCCAGUGUUAAAAAAGAAUAUAACCCUUUUGAAGAUGAGGAAGAUGAACCCACUGGUGAUACAGAUGGCCCCAUUCUCAAUCCCUUUGAAGUGGAUGAGCUUCCUUAUCAAAAGCAUUCCAGCCCUCCUAAUCCUGGCAACCCAUUUGAGGAGCCAGUCUCCACCAAUCCCUUCGAGAUGGAUGACAGUGAGACUGAGGGAGAAGAGCUCAUCGAGGAAGAGCUGCUUCUCCAGCAGAUCGACAACAUCAAGGCAUACAUUUUUGAUGCUAAGCAGUGUGGCCGCUUGGAUGAGGUGGAAGUGCUGACUGAGAACUUGAAAGAACUAAAGCGUGCGUUAGUCAAGCAGAAAGAGAAAGCUAACUGAUGGAAGCAAGCACAGGCGUAGCACCUGUACAGGGGUGCCCGCUAGGCAGUGUGAGGACAGAGGAAUGGAUGGCGGGGCUUCAAGUGGGGGCAAAUCAAAGUGCACAGAGUUAUGAAAGGGAAUCUGCAAUUUUAUGCUAUGCACUUUUACUGAGGUGUUUCCACUAAUUUAAUAAAAAGGGGCACAUGAACAGGUGAAUAAGCAUUCAGUUGCUGUUUUCCUGUUCUUGGUUUUUUCCCCUUUUAAGAAGGGAUUUAAAAUAGUCACCACAGAAUUGUUAACUAAAUGCUAUGCAGGUCUGUGGGGGCCAGAGUAGAACUAGCUAAGGUCACACGGGUCAGUUUUAUUACUUCUCUUUUAAUCAUUAUGCAGUAUUACAGGGCAGCCUUAAAAACUGGCCUUCCACUAAACCAAGAGCAAAUCUUGGUUGUGCUGAGGCAGAGGUCUGUGAUCUCAAUGGGGAUAGGUCAUAUUAAAGCUCUAUCAUGUAGCUUGCUAGAACCCAGCUGUUUGAGCAGGCCAAAUUCCCUAGCACUGUGGCCUGUGUCCAACUUUGUAGUUGUUUAAUAGAAACAUGGAACAUGAUACUAGAGACAGAUAUUAGCUCUCUUUUUAGGGUAUUUUGUGGAAGUGUUUUUUUGUGGGGAAGGUAGGAAUUCCUUUCUAGGUCUUGCCCCUUCUUGUUUCUGAACCCAAAGUGGCUUGUACAUCCCCAUGUCAGCAAGUCAGUUGAGACCCCAACAGCAGGCUGCUGCCGUUUGAAGGCAUGAGGGGUAAACUUUUUGGUACACAAGCGCCAUCUUGAGAAAACAAAAGCCUAAAACUUUCUUUAUUUGUAGUGGCUGAUAGAAUGGUGAUGUGUGUAUUCUUUGGGAAUCCUUGCCAUGGAACUUUGGAAAAACCACUCCUUAUACUUAGGCCUCUUGUAGCACUUAUGGGAAAGGAGUAUUUUCUUGAAGCAGAGGAAAAGUUCAGAUAGCUUUCAAGACAGAUUGGUCAGCUUCAUGCAUUCCUCCCUCAAGUUAGCAAGGCAGAUGAAAAUUUUCACAACUGCUUUUAGUAUUACAAGAGUUGUAUGUUUUAAAGCACAAUAUACAAUUGUUAUAAUAACAGCUGCAUUAUUUGACCUGUCACUGAGGCCUCAUUUCAAGGCUAAAAAAGAGAAUAUUUAAUUUAUUCCGUAGCAGCAGGUACAGUUCUUAGGAAUAGAACCGAAAUAACCUGAAGGGUUAAAUUUAACGUAGCUUUAUCAAGAACUGGAGCUGUUGCCACAUUCGGAUUUAAGUAGAGUUCUGGCAGUAAAACAUGUAUUAUUGACCAAAAUCAUGUGCCCCUCACCACUCUGUGAUCUGAACCAGGUCCAGUUUCUGUUCUUUUGGUUCUUUGCAAAAGAUGACAAAAGUCAUUUCUCUGUUUUUAGUGAGCAACUGUUGCUCAUCACCAUUUCUAUCAUGGAAUGUCCUCUAGGAAUUAAAAAAAAUAACUAUUGAAGCUGUCCUACUGUAAAGUUCAGCGCACUCUGGCUCUACUGGCCAACGAAAAGGGUUAGAAUUGGGAGGAAAAGGCACUUUUUGCCUUGUGCUUCUGAUUUAUUAAUGAAGAAAAGGGAUGGAGGGUGAACAACGCAAAUAUAAUUAAGUGGUUUAGGGAACAAAGCAGCAGCUGAGUAAUUGUUACUGUGUUAAUCAGGUUUCAAUUGUACGUCACUUAAACUGUGGGCCAUAAGCCUUCUCAAAGGGCCUUUCUGAUCUCCAGUGUUGUGCGUACUUACGUUCAGGGUGACAGCAUUGCCAGGACUCUUCAAAUGAAGUGCUGACCCACCUCAAAUUAUCAUUUUCUUGUGACAGAGAAAGUUUCUUCAUAGAAACUUCAGGAACUCUUUUCUGUUAUAAUUAAAGAUGCUGUUUUUUUCCUAGAAGAGGGCUGCAGUUGACUAAAUUUCCCCCUUAAAUCAGUCACAGUGAGAGCACUCUUUAAACUUCCAGAAGCACUAAGAGACACAUUCGUUGGGAACAUUUUAGACUGAGUUUAUGGAAUGUAUUAAAACAAAUCCGUUUCCUCACAGAAACAAUAUUACUCCAAAGCUAAGUUCUUCUGGAACCAUAUUCAUGUGAUAAGAAUAUAGGAGUAUUCCGAAGAUUAGAAUUUUCUGUAAUAGAGCCUUCUCCCUAUCCGUUAUUGCCCCUUAAAAUCCACUCCCAUGCCAGCAUGAGGUUGAAGGGUGAUGGGCCACGGGCCAUGGAUUGGAAACUGGCUUUAAGCCCUUGCCUUCCUUGUGGACGUUCUACUCCUUUGUAACCCCACCUGAGCCAAGACAGUAUCGUCUCUAUCCGGAGAUUUGAGUUGCGUGGAGCCAGAGGGGUUGGCUUGUUUUUAGCUUCUCUUCCUCAAGAGUGGAGAAUGUGUCAGACACAUUUUGGUUUUAUACAUCAGAUGAAAUUGGGUUUCUCUGCAUUAUGCCUUGUAUUUUUCCCGUUUAAUACACUAAUCAAGCAUACUUACUGUACAUGUAGCUCGGUGUAUUUUUGCUAAGACACUAAAGUGUACUUUUUAAGUCUGUGUCAUUGUGGUCAAUGUGGUAGGCUAGUCCUCUUGGCAUUCAGGUAACUGAUCUUCAAAGCUGGAAGCUCAUUUGUUUGUACUUGGGCCAUACAGGCAUACAGACUGAUAGCUGAAUAAGCCAUCUCAUACCCCAAAUCAUGUAGUGUUGAUUUGUACAUUUGCAUGCACUACGCCAUAUCCUUGUACUGAAACUUAAAAGAAAAUAAAGUAACAAAUUUUA